GUUCAGAAGUUCGUCGGUUGUGAGCUUGCGUGAAUGGAUAAGAACUGAUACUGAAAUUACAGAAGUAACUUCUGGGCUUGAGAAACUGAAAUGGCUAAUAUUAAUUAUGUCUGGUGUCUGUGCUCAUUAUUCUUGGUGCUCUCGACUGUUGUAUCUGCAAAUCGGCGCAUUCGGCGACAAAAUCGAUCUGAUCGACUGUUGGCCGAUAUCGGAGUUCGUGCCCAGUCCUACAAUCCUCGGGUGCCGGAGAAUGGCAUUCAGCAGUACACCGAUAUCGACCAGGAUCUGCGGCACUUGUUCCUCAACACCAGGCAAACCACGCUGAGAUGGGCUCUCAAUAACAUCGAGGCGCUGAGCAACCGAGGCAGACGUGAGGGCAAACUCCAGGUGCCGGUGUCCAAGAAAGUACCCUUCUUUUGCCCCACGAAUAAUACUCGAUCGCCGAGUCCUCCCACCUCUAUAGAACACCUCAGGCCUGGCGACAUUGACAUCAUAGCUGCUUUUGGCGACUCCCUGUCUGCGGGCAAUGGGAUUCUGUCCAACAACGCCAUCGAUAUGAUCAACGAAUUUCGGGGCCUCACUUUUUCGGGCGGCGGUCUAGCCAACUGGCGAAGGUUCGUGACUCUGCCCAACAUCCUGAAGAUCUUCAAUCCCAAGCUGUAUGGGUUUGCGGUGAGCAACAGUCUGGUGAUCAACCAUCGAUCCUCCCGUCUGAACAUUGCCGAGCCGAUGAUCAUGUCGCGGGAUCUGCCUUUUCAGGCCCGAGUGCUCAUCGAUCUGUUGCGACGCGAUCCCAAUGUUGACAUGAAGCGCCAUUGGAAGCUGCUCACGGUGUAUGUGGGUAACAAUGAUAUCUGCUCGGACCUCUGCCACUGGGACACUCCGCAGACCUUCCUCGACCAGCAUGCCCGCGAUCUGCGACAGGCCUUUCGGCUGCUGCGCGACCAUGUGCCACGCCUACUGAUCAACCUGAUAGUUGUGCCCAACAUACCGCUGGUGCUGAGCACCAUGACCCAGGUGCCGCUGCAGUGCUUCGUGGUGCACCGUGUGGGGUGUCACUGCCUCAUCAACGACCGCCUUAAUCGUACCCAGUUUGCGGAACGCAUGGAGACCCUGAAUCGGUGGCAGAAACUGGACAUGGAGAUCGCCCGACUGCCCGAGUUCCAUCGCCAGGACUUUGCCAUCGUCGCCCAUCCGAUGCUGGCCAAUGUGACGGCUCCCACGCUGCCCGAUGGGAACACCGACUGGCGAUUCUUCUCCCACGACUGCUUCCACUUCAGCCAGCGCGGCCAUGCGAUCAUCUCGAACCUGCUGUGGAACAGCAUGCUCCUGCCCGACGACCAGAAGCCGCGACCUUCGAAAGUGCCCGAGCUGUUCGAACGGGUCGUUUGCCCCACUGCCGAGCAGCCCUACUUUGUGGUCAGGCCAAGUUGAGGGGGUCUCGUCUCCCAAGAUCGGGAGAUCGGGUUGGGUUACCUGGUUAAGCUGUCUGGUGAACUUUUUAAAGUGGGUCCCCCCGGUCGGGUGUGCACUGAGGAAAAUUAAUAGAAGUUAAAGUAGAUCGUAAGUUGAAGAACUGAACAUUUCUGCAAGGAAAAUUAUACUUGCCAAAAGUUAUGGACUCUAACUAUGCCACUUCCAUUUUCGCAAAUUCCUUUGCGAAUUUAAUUGGAUGGGGCAAUGUAAUUUUACGACUUUUUCUGAAGAGAAAUGUGGGAUUUUCUUUUGUAAUAACAUUUGAUCCUGGGCUUCAGCGAUUAAAUAUAAAUAUUUAUUAUCAAAAUAAAAAGAAUUUAUAAAGUUUUAGGUAAGAAGUAUUAUUUAAGCAAUAUUCUUGCACGCGGUAUAUUCUCAUCCUUAUUUGCUAACUCCUUGUAUUUACGGUUCUCAACUGAACUCAAUUAAUCGCAAGCAAUUUGCUAUUCCCAUGAGGAAAAAAAUGUAUUAUAAUUAAUAUCUUUACAUUUAACUGAAUAAAUUUCGGUGAAUUUAAUUUAAAGUUGAAAAUUCAGAUCUAUAAAUAACAACUAUAGUUGGUAUACCAAUUAUUGAGUUAAAAUGACUCAGUAGCUUGCGCUACUAAAUACCCUUCGGUUUUUUUCUACUCCUUAUCCAAACCCAUCUCCAUUUCAAUUAAAAUUUAUGCAAUUUUUAAUUUAUAUUUUUAAUUAAUUAAAAAACACUGAGAAACAAUCACAACCUCCCUGUCCGGUAUAAAAAUUCAUUAAAACUCUUUUUGCUUAUGCGGCGAAAAAAAAUGUUUUCAGCUUACAUUAAACACCAUCCUUCCUGUUCCCUCUUUUUUGGUCGU